UCUUCACCACAUCCAGAGGCACAGCAAAUUUAAAAUUGUUACUUUGGCAGUGUUGAUCCAAUUUAAGCAAGUGUAGAGUCAAUUUAACACUAAAAAGAGUUAUAUAGUUGCUAUGUAACACUUGACAUACCAAAUAGUGAGAGUCAAACAUUAAAAAGGAGUUUAGGUGUCAUUUUGGUCAUAAUAACUUUUGAACUGCUAACUCUGAACUCCUACAGCCUAUUUUACACCUGCAGGGUUAAUAAACAGACUCCUAAAUGUGUGAGUUCCUAAUAAAGUGACCGGUAAAUGUAAUUCUUAACCCUUUAAUGCCUCUUUGGGACAUUAUUGAUGCUGGUUGGAUUUAAUGUACACAAGUCGUCACCUGAUUGUUUUUAAUGUCACCUUCUGUCACUAUGACUCUGUAUUUUGUUCUUUUCAGGCUGGCACCCUUGUUGUCAGCAUCAACACAAAGAGCAGACAGUGCUUUUCACUUCUUUUCAUCAUAACAGGAAUGAAAUGCAGUGAUACGUCUGGUUUGUCAAAACGAAGUUCGUAAUUCGUCUUAUUUUUUCAGAUCAUAUUUCCCUGAGUGACGAAAACCAGUGUUUACUGUGGACACACUUCUUAAAUCAUCAGCGAGCGCUGCUGUUUGGACUCGACACACACAGAUGAGGGUAUAGGAUGGGAGGCAAACACACCUGAGCAGGAAUCUAAAUCACUUUCCCACAGGUAACACCAGAGGAGUGAUGGCAAAGGAAAGGAACCAGAUCGGGUCCUCCUGGGAGAACCUGACUUUUCCUGAUGGGUAUCCAGAACAGUAUGUGGAUGGAGGCAAAGCUGAGAUAAAUAAAGUCACGGGGGAGAACGUUCAGGCCGGUGCAGAGGAAGGACCCAAAGAAAAGCCUGUGAAAUGGAGCCCCAAGCUGCUGCAGAUGCUGAAAGCAGCAGAGACCAGGUGGACUCCUCAGGAUCAGGACAGAGACAAGGCAGAAGCUUCAGAAACUGAGACAAGAGAGGCAAUUACUGAGGCUCUGAAGACCAACAUGCAAAUCCAGCUCAAUGACGAGAAACAAGAAUUCAACAAACGUCCCACCAAAGCUGGUCCUCGCUCUCUGUCUCACUCCAUCUCACAGUCAUCUACAGAAAGCUUCACUUCAGUAGGAAGCGAAAGCUCUGAGGACGACUUGUCUCCACAAGACAAGCUGCAGAGUACCUCCAAAGGCCUGUCGGACUUCUGCGUUAAAAACAUCAAACAGGCUGCUUUUGGGCGAAAGGAAAUAGAAAUCGCACAGCAAGAAAUGCCGGCACUGAUGAUCCUGAGGAAAAGAGCGGGUGGAGAAAAACCUCUGGCUGGAGCCAAAGUGGUGGGCUGCACGCACAUCACUGCACAGACAGCGGUGUUAAUCGAGACUCUGGCUGCAUUGGGCGCUCAGUGUCGAUGGGCCGCCUGUAACAUCUUCUCCACCCAGAACGCCGUGGCUGCUGCUCUGGCUGAAGCAGAAAUCUCCGUGUUUGCUUGGAAAGGAGAAUCUGAGGAAGACUUCUGGUGGUGUAUCGAUCGAUGUAUUGAUCCUGAUAACUGGCAACCAGACUUGAUUUUAGAUGAUGGCGGUGAUCUGACCCACUUGAUGUGCAAGAAGUAUCCACAUUUGUUUAAGAACAUCAGAGGCAUCGUGGAGGAAAGUGUGACGGGGAUCUAUAGGCUGUACCAGCUGUCAAAGACAGGCAAGCUGUGUGUUCCUGCCAUGAACGUUAACGACUCUGUGACAAAGCAGAAAUUUGACAACCUUUACUGUUGCAAGGAGUCCAUCCUGGACGGGUUGAAGAGAACAACUGACGUCAUGUUUGGAGGAAAACAGGUCGUGGUGUGUGGGUACGGGGAGGUGGGUAAAGGCUGCUGCACUGCUCUGAAAGGACUGGGCGCUGUUGUUUACAUCACGGAAGUGGAUCCUAUUUGUGCCCUUCAGGCCUGCAUGGACGGCCUCAGAGUGACCACACUGAGUAAAGUUGUCAGACAGGUCGACAUCAUCAUCUCCUGCACCGGCAACAAGAACGUGAUCACUCGAGAACAUUUUAACAGAAUGAAGAACGGCUGCAUUGUUUGCAACAUGGGACACUCAAACACGGAGAUAGAUCUGUCAAGUCUGAGGACUGCUGAGCUGAAGUGGCAGCGUGUCAGGCCUCAUGUGGACCACGUCAUCUGGCCUGAAGGCAAACGAGUCGUGCUGCUGGCUGAGGGUCGCCUGUUGAAUCUGUGUUGCUCCACAGUGCCGUCUGUUGUCCUCUCUGUCUCAGCCACAACUCAGGCCUUGGCUCUAAUAGAGCUGUACAAUGCUCCACAGGGACGAUACCAGAAGGAUAUUUACCUGCUUCCUAAGAAAAUGGAUGAAUAUGUGGCCAGCCUUCAUCUGCCAAUGUUUGAGGCUCAUCUGACAGAGCUGACCGACGAUCAGGCCUCUUACCUGGGCAUCAGCAAACACGGACCAUUCAAACCCAACUACUACAGAUAUUGACUCCUCAGAGAAUUCAUUGCAGGUUAAAUCCACUUCCUGCAGAAGGAUCACUUGCACCCAUAAUAGAUUUGGAAUCACAGAAAACAUUUGUUUUCUUUCUUGUUUUGUUUCUUGUUUUUUCACGCUGCCGUAUCCAGAUUGUGGUCACAUCUGGGAUGAUUAAAAUUAAACGAGAUUUAAAAAACAGAGAAAUGGAAACGCUUCUUAUUCAGCUCUUCAUCUACAAAGCUGAUAAAACUUUCAACCACCAGGGGGCAGAAGAGCACCGUUGUUGGGAAAUACAAAAAAAUGUGUUUUAAAUAUUGCGUAUCAUUUUCACUAAGCCUCUUCAGAAAUAUUUAAAUUGGCAGCAAAAUAUGUAUUUAGUUGGAAAAACUUUUUAUCAACUUGAAUUGUUGUCAAAGUUUUGUUUUUCAUCUUUUAUGCCCAGAAUAAACUAUGCAUUGACCUGAAA